AUGGGCGUCGGGAUGAACGCGGGGGGCGCGGGCGCGGGCGGCGGCGGCGGGGUGGAGCUGUUCCCGAUGGAGAGCCUGCUCGCGCUGGAGGAGCACUCGCUGAACAUGGCGCUGUUCCGCGCGCUGGGGCUCGUGCUCGCGGUGAAGGAGGCGAUGUGGGAGGAGCUGCUAGGACGCGUCGCGCGCGGGGACCGGCAGCUUGUGCGCUAUGGGUGGGGGAAGAACGACUACUCGGAGGGCGCGAGCCGCGUGCUGUUUGACGGGCUCGUGGAGCAGUACCGCAAGGACGUGCGGGCGCGCGUCGCGCUGUGGCACUCGAUGGUGCUCAGUGGGUGGGCGUACCCGCGGCAAGACCCGCUCACGAAGGCGGAGCUGAUGGAGGAGGAGCGGCUGCGGCAGGACAUCCUGGAGGCGCGGCGGAACGCAAAAGAGGAGGACCUGGAGGGGGCCAGCCGCUUCAUACGGCUCAUGGUCGGGGUGAAGAUGCCGGAUGCGGGGAGCAUGACCUGA